UGGGGCUGCGGCGCCCGGGGGAGGGUUAGGGCGGGGGUCCGGGCUCGGGGUGCGCCCCAGCAGGCAGCUUGGCAGCUGGCGGAGCGCAGGCAGGAGCCCGGCCCGCCCGUCGGGGGCGGGCCGGGCGGCGCGCGUCCUUCCCAGUAGCUCGUCGCUCGCGUGUGCUCGUCGCGCGGACCCACUUCCCCACCGGUGCAUCCAGGGGGCGGAGCCGACCUGGAAACCUCUCCUGGGCCACUGCCCUUUGUAAGAAACUCACCUUCCAGAGCCCACCUGCACAGAACUGGCAGGGGACCCUCUUAGCCACAGAGAGAAUGGCGAUCUUCAGGCAACUGUCCCUAGGUGCAAAGGCCGCCCUGGCUGCUGGCACUGUCUUCGUGUCCAUGAUUGUCUCCCGCUCCUACCUGGCGGGGAGCCUUGAGCUCAAGGCCUGGCAUUGGUUGUUCCGCCUGCAGCUUGCCCUGUUUGCCAACUCGCUCAUGCUUAUUGGCUCCCUCUACAUCUGGCAUAGCACAGUCAGCAACCUCAGCCACUCGUCAGCCGCAGAGUCAGCCUGUUUUCGGCUUUGGAAGAUGACUAUUGUGGCAUUUCUGGUCCUGGCCCAUUCCAGUUUCUUCACCAUGCUCUUCUUAGUGGCCGAGGAACCCUACCUCUUUUCCUUGGCGGCCUACGCCUGCCUCGGGGCGUACAUCAUCAUGCUCUUCUUCCUCUGUACCCUCAGCGGUAUGGAGCAGGCCUACCAGCUUCUGGCCUGGCGCAGUGGCAGGGGCGUGGGCAGCCUUGACAAGGCGAGGAGGCUGGCCCUCAGGCCGGCACUGGCAGUGGUGGUGACCGCUGUGCUCAGCGUGGCCGGGCUUCUGAAUGCUGCCCAGCCCCCGGCCGUGAACACCGUGCAGGUGCCCAUCCAUCAGCUGCCUCCCUCGAUGGACAACCUCAAGAUGGCACUCCUCUCCGACAUUCACCUGGGUCCCACUGUGGGCAGGACCAAGAUGGAGAUGUUCGUGGGGAUGGUGAACCUGCUGCAGCCGGACGUCACAGUGAUCGUGGGCGACCUCUGCGAUUCGGAAGCCUCCAUCCUCCGGACCGCUGUUGCUCCCUUGGGCCAGCUGCACUCACGCCUCGGCACCUACUUUGUCACUGGGAAUCACGAGUACUACACAUCAGAUGUCAGCAACUGGUUUGCGCUGCUGGAAUCCCUGAAUGUCAGGCCCCUUCACAACGAGAAUGUGAAGAUUUCUGCCACGCGGGCCCAGCAUGGUGGUGGUGGUGGUGAUGGUGAGGAUGACUGGAUCUGCUUGGCGGGGGUGGACGACAUUGAAGCCAAUAUCCUGCACUACUAUGGCCAUGGCAUGGAUCUCGUCAAGGCCCUGGACGGCUGCAGCCCAGACCACACCACCAUCCUGCUAGCUCACCAGCCCCUGGCUGCCAAGAGAGCCCUUCAGGCUCGACCAGACAUUAACCUGAUCCUUUCUGGGCACACACACGCUGGGCAGAUCUUCCCCUUGAACGUUGCAGCCUAUCUCCUGAACCCCUUCUUUGCUGGUCUCUACCAAGUGGCCCAGACUACAUUCGUGUAUGUCAGCCCAGGCACAGCCCACUACGGGAUUCCCAUGAGGCUGGGCAGCAGGGCGGAGAUCACGGAGCUCAUCCUGCAGCGGGCUUCCUGAGCCCGGCCCUGCCCUGUAUGCCUCCUCAUCGCCCUUGCCCUUCACUCUCGACCCUCUUCAGAGCAGGUAGCCUGAUUUACCCCCUACAGCAUCUCCCGCCCAGCUCUGCCAGUACACGCCUGGUCACAAGCCUGGCUGGAACAGUGAUUUGUGGUGGGGCUGCUUGGCAGCGUCCGGCUGGCUGACUCUGUAGGUGGCCACUUGCUUUUCUUAUGCACUACAGUCACAUAUGUAAGAACAGGCCUCUCUUUUCGGAUGACAUUGUGUGGUAUAUUCCCUCUGGGGAGCUCACAGGGAUGAACCCAAGCAUGGUGUUGCUUGGAAGGGACACCUUGCGAAAGCGGAGUAGGGAAGGAACUCUGUUUUUAAUUUUUAAACCCUCUUUAGGACUUAGUUUCCCGAAUCAUUGAUCCAGAGCUUUCUGGGAAGGGGCAGCGUUACUAGGUAAUUUGGGAGAACAGGUGAGAUGGAAGCCGCUUUGGCCGCAGGAGAGUGUUUUCCUUUCCCUCUUGGUUCUGUGGAGUCACUUUAAUGAGGGCAUCAGCAAAGCCCACUGGCAUACAGGGCUUAUCCUCUUCCAGGCCUGAAGUGAUGCAGUUUAACUGCCUGGGCCCCCGGGCCUCUGGGGUUGCAGGCGUUGGGCAGAAGUAAUGGUACUGCUGCUCAGGAAUUCAGAGGGUGUUUGCCUCCCUCCUGUCCUUAUACAACACUUGGGUGAGGUCAUUAGGGACAAUCUAUUGAGAGAUAAGGGAAAUGAGGCAGAGAGGGAGGGUUUAGGCAGCGGACAAAGCAGGUUCUGGGUUAGAAGCCGGGUCUUCUGCGUCCCAGUAAAAGUACUCUUUGCACUGUCUGAUGGCUAAGUAGCUAUGCCUGUUACCAGUGAGCACAGGAUUCAAAUGCAGCUAAACAUGUAAAGACAGCGAACAAGGGCUAGGACCUGAUGGGUUUUGAAAGUAGUUUGCUUGAGGCUGAUGUCAACUCACCCAGAGAUACAUGAGCCAGCCUGGGAAGGGAGUUGGCUAGUUUCAGUGUAGGAUGUCUGUCAUAUUGGAAGAAGAGUUAGGAAACUGGAGCUGCUCCCAGCCCUCACCCUAGGUUUAGGUUGGAUUUUUUGUGAGAAACAAGUUCAUUCUGUACUGCUGGAGGAGUUGAAGUGUCCCUGGAGAGUGGCAGGGCCCUGUGCUCUGGCAGGACCUCAAGGCCUUCCCUCUAGUGGGACCCUGGCUGCAGAAUGCUGGGCAUCCCACCUGGAAUAUGGGAAACCCCUCCCUGUCCUGACCCCAUCACAGCUGCCCUAGGGCUCUGCCCACAGAUCCUGGACCAUCCCUGCCAGCCACUGGACCCCAAAAAAGCAGGCAGGGGUUACCAUGUCUAGAGGGCCCCACUGCUGUUGCCACAGCCUUUGUGCCAGAGGUAAGAAAGCCUUUGGCCUGGGGUGGCAAUAAGCACUCUUGUUAGAAAAGGCCUCACUGAGAAACUGGGGACCUGGGUACAGUGUUGACUUUCACUGUGGCUGAGAGUUUCUGCGACAGGGAAUGGUGGCACCCCUCUGCCUGGAACAAAGAUGUCACUCUGCUACUGCUCACCGGGCCGGUGGUGUCCUGCAAGUGACUUGCCCUCACUGAGCCUCAGUUUCCCUCACCUUAAAAUGGGGAUAAUUAUCUACCUCAAGAUUAUUUCAUAGGGAGAAUAUUAAAACAUGGGUGCAAGAGUCGCAUGUGGACGGUCACAGAAAGCAUGUGAUGCUGUUCAUUCUGAAACAUCACAUGGGGUGUGCUGAGGAACAGUGCUGGGCCCAGGUGCCCAGAAAGUCUUUGGAGCAGCCAGUUCUGGGGAAUGUGUGGGGGCAGUGUGCUGCCAGCUGCCAGGGCCCAGUGAUGUGUCAGAGCAGCACCUGCUGGUGUUUGUUUUCCCCUACUUCUUUACUGUCUCCAUGUGUGCUCUGCCUGACCAAAGGAAAUUUCUUCAUUUUCCUCCUAGUGUCUAAAGGAAUCCUGGGGGGUAAUGGGGGGUUCUGGAGAUCACCUUUCUCAUUUCUGGGUAGCCGAGGUAUUGACAGCAGGCCUUCCAGUCAAGUUUGAAAUGUGUCUGAGUAGAGAUUUCAGUGGUUUCCUUACUUUUUACCCCCUUGUGUUUCAUCAUCCUCACAGCCAGGAAUAAGUUGGGAGAAAAGGGGAGAGAGCCCUGGAAAGCCUUUCUUUUCAUUCAUUUUGUAUGCAGUGGGACCACAGGGUAGUGGCUCAGCCCAAGCCCCCCGACUCCCUUCCCCAUAGACUGCUCCAUGCUCACCACCCCUCCCAGCCUGAGGAAGGGGCUCCUCCAAACCAUCUCACUUUCCUGUGACCUGACCCCACUUAAGGGAUCAUUCUAGUUGCCAUUCCAGUUCUCCAUUGUUUGCAGACUGAGCUAGUUAGUGCCAUUUGGCGUUCCACUCUCGGGGGCAGCUAGCAGCACUCAGCUUGCCUACUGUGCUAGACAGUGCCCUGGUUGCUUGAUUUUGGAGCUUUCUCAUCAGUGCCCUGAGCUUCAUGAAAUCAGCUUGUCUUGGUCCUAUUUUCACUUUGCCUCUUUGUCUCUUUCUCUUGAAUGCCAUCAUUUUGUGGGCUUGUGGUCCUUGCUCUGAAGUUCUUGCUUGACUGGUUCCUUUCCAUUAACAGAAUAAAACAGGUCCAUCCUGUGUGUCCAGGGGAUACUCGGCAACACCUUUACUUGGUUUUAUUCCAUGAUGUGGUGGAAGUUUUCACAGCAGAAAUUUCUCCCUUACUAUGCAGAUGUGGCCCUGUUGGCCCUCUCUCUAUAGCACUUGUCGCAUCUCUGUUCCCUGUUCUUCACUUGUUUACACAAAUGUUUACUUAAAGCUUAAAAUUCUUUCAAUCUGUGAAACGCAAGCUAAAAUAAAAUGGGAUGCUUUUUCAAAAUUAACCAUAGCAUGUAUAGUGUGAUACUACUGUUGUAAAAUCUCAGUAAAUUAAUCCUAACUGCCAUCCAUUCCAGACAUCCAUCCAACCUUUCUUUUCCUUUUAUUUUGUUUUGUUUUAUACAUUUUAUGGUGAAACUUUUAAAGUAUUCACAGAGUACAGAGAAUGGCAUAGUGAAUCUCCAAAUCUCAUCACGCAGCUACAACAAUUGUACCUAGUCUACUGUUCUUUCUCAUCUAUCCCUGCCCUAUAUUCUGUCUUUUUUCCUUUUUGGCUGGAAUAUAUUAAGGUAAAUUUUAGGAAACGUAAUUGCACCCAAAAUACUUGAGUAUGGAUCCUUUUUAAA